GCUGCCUCCGACGCGGUCACACUACGCCAAUGUUUACGUUUUUUCUGCAUUGAAAAAAAUAGUCCGCCCAUAUUGUUGCGAAACUUGAACAAUAACAACAAAUGUCGCUGCUGGAACAGUACGAGCAGCAGUACGCGGCUCUGAUUGCGGAGAUAACAGCGCAUAUAGGAAGAUUGCAGCAGCAGAGCAGCAGCAGUGACCGUCAUGAAUUGUGCAGCAAAAUCGAUGGCAGCCUGCCCGAGGCACAGGAGCUGCUGGAGCAGAUGGGCCUGGAGGUAAGAGAGCUGAAUCCUGCACAGCGCAGCAGCUUUAACAGCAAGCUGCAGGUGGCCCAAGCCGAACUGCGACGCCUGCAGGCGGAAUACAAGCAAACCAAGGAUAAGCAACCGAACGCCUUCACAACACUGGACUUGGGUGGGGCCAGUGACUAUUACGAGGAUGUGUCCAUCAACAAUGACCAGCGACAGCGCCUGCUAGACAAUUCGGAGAGGAUUGAGCGUACUGGCAAUAGGCUGACCGAGGGCUAUCGAGUGGCCCUGGAGACCGAGGCGCUGGGCGCACAAGUACUCAACGAUCUGCACCAUCAGCGCGAAACAUUGCAGGGCGCGCGGGCACGUCUGAGGGAAACCAACGCGGACAUCGGUCGUGCCUCACGCACCCUGAACACCAUGGUGUUGCGAGCACUCCGGGAAAAGGUCGUUCUAUAUGGCGUGGGAGUGUGCUUUGUGGUGGCUGUGGGUGUCAGCUUAUACCUGACAUUUGCGCCGAGUUCCACCUCGGCUGCUGCCAGUUCGUAGUAAACCCAAAGGGGUAACCCAACACUAGAGACAUUCCUUGUUUUGUGAAUUGAUUAUUUA